AUGGCGAAAUGUGUAAGUUCCGUCUACGCGCGCAGAACGGGUUCUGUUCCAUUUUUACCGCAACAGCGCGAAAUCGUUCAGCUGCACGUGGGUCAGGCCGGUGUCCAGAUGGCCAGCGCCUGCUGGGAACUCUACUGUCUCGAGCACGGAAUCUAUGCUAAUGGGGAGUUCUGCGAAUGCACGCACAAGGAAGACUGUAGCGCGUUCUUCAGCUGCGACCGUGCGGGUCGGUGCGUACCGCGCGUUCUGCUCCUCGACCUGGAACCCUCGGUGGUGGAUGAGGUGCGUGUCGGUGUGUACCGGGACCUGUUCCAUCCCAGCACGCUGCUGACGGGCUGCGAAGAUGCCGCCAGUAACUUCGCCCGGGGUCACUACCGGCUCGGGAAGUCCAUCAUCGAACCGGCCAUGGAUAGGGUGAGGCGGUUGGUCGAGGGUUGCUCGUCGCUGCAGGGAUUUAUGAUGUUCCACAGUGUGGGCGGUGGCACGGGAGCCGGCCUCGGGACGCUGCUGCUCGAGCGGCUAGGCGAAGAGUUCGGUAAGGUAUCCCGUAUGGAGUUUGACAUCUUCCCGUCACCCCGGGUGUCACCGGUGAUCGUGGAACCUUACAACGCGAUCUUGGCGUCACACGCCGCCAUGGAGCACACCGACUGCACGUUCGUGCUGGACAACGAAGCGCUCUACGAUGUGUGCGAUCGAAGCUUGGGUGUGCCGGAGCCGACCUACACCAACCUGAACCGGCUUGUUGCGCAGGCCGUGUCGUGCAUAACGGCUUCGCUGCGCUUCACCGGUGCCAUCAACGUCGAUCUGCUCGAGUUCCAAACGAACCUGGUGCCGUUCCCACGCAUCCACUAUCCGCUGGUGACGUACGCGCCGCUCGUGCCUGGUGCUUCGGCACGCCAUGAACAGCCCACCACGAGCCAGCUGACACAACAGUGCUUCGAGCCGGCGAAUCAGCUGGUCAAAUGUGAUCCUCGUUCCGGACGCUACAUGUCCUGCUGUCUACUCUACCGGGGUGAAGUAUCACCCAUCGAGAUUAACCGCUCGCUUCAGGAGCUACGCCGGAAUCGCUCGGUUCAGUUCGUCGACUGGUGCCCGACCGGGUUCAAGAUCGGCAUCAACUAUCAACCACCGAUCGCCGUACCCGGUUCCGAUCUGGCCCGCACCGAUCAGGCUCUGUGCGUGCUGUCGAACAACACGGCCGUGAAAGGUGCGUGGUCGCGUGUCGCCGGCAAGUACCAGCAGCUGUACGACCGUAGAGCAUUCCUACAUCAUUACCUUGAUGAGGGUAUCGAAGAGCCCGAUUUAGCCGAAGCGAACGAGAACAUACGCACGCUUAUCAGCGAUUACGAGGAAAUUGAAAAAUAG